UUGGGUCACAUAGGUGUGCUGUCUGGCAGGUAAUUUGGUAACAACAAUCUCCAAGUUAAGUCACACACCCUUUGACUUGGCAGUGCGGUCUCUAGGAAUAACCUUCUGUAUGCUUGCACAGUGUCCAAAGUUGCAUAUUUACUAUAACAUUGAUAGCAAGAAAACAAAACCCCCAAAAUGUCCAUUAAAAGAGGAGUGGAGAUAUAAGCUAUGAUUCCUCCACACUAUGAAACACUAUCCAAAAAAAUCCAAAACACUAUGCAAAUGCAUUCAAUGGAAAAAGCAAAGUGCUGUGUAACUGAUUCCAUUUGUCAAAGACAGAUGCUGAGGGGCAGGGAUGGGCUAGAAGAGGUCAAUGGGGGAAAGGGGGACAUGUAAUACUUUUAACACUAUGGAUUUUUUUUUUUUAAAAAGAUAGAUGCUGACAUGUGCUUAUACAGAACCUGAUAGUGUUGCCUCUUUCAGUUGGGACAAACCAUUUCUUUUUAACUUGGAAACAGUAGUAUAAAAAUGAAACCCUAUUCCCAUGUCUCUUGGCUUCUGGGAAGAGGCUGGUGAGGUGGCAAUAGUCCUGCGUCCCCAACCUGGGGCUGGGGCAUCAGGCAGAGCUUCCUGGUUAAAGCAGUCCUGCCGUUUAUCCAGAUGCACCCUGACAUCGGCAUCUCCUCCAAGGCGAUGAGCAUCAUGAACUCACUUGUGAAUGAUGUGUUUGAGCGGCUGGCUGGCGAGGCCACCCGACUGGCUCAGUACUCAGGCCGAACCACACUGACGUCCUGGGAAAUCCAGACGGUAGUGCACCUGCUGCUGCCUGGGGAGCUGGCCAAGAACGCCAUGUUCAAGGUCACCAAGGCUGUCACCAAGUACACCAGCUCCAAGUGACCUGGGACCUAAGCUAAAUAAAGGGUGAACUGCUCUCAUGCAGUGGUGAUUUAAAAAUGGACAUGUGAAAUUGAGGUGUGAUUUGAAACAAACGUGCAUAUUAUCACUUUCCCCCUCUUUU